AAAAUGCAGGGAGGGCUACCAGUAUGUUGGGUCACAAGACUCUCGUGAGUCGUGAAUGAAGCUUUUGCUUUUGCGAUAAAAGUGUAUAGGAGUAGCAAUUCUCUUCAUUUCACUUCCAUUUUUCAAUUUCCUCCAAAUUUUUUUCCUCUCCUCCUCUCCCACGCUGCUCCCUCCCCCUCCUCACCUUCGGCCUCCGCCCACCACCACCCACCAGCAACCGUUGUCAACCGUUACCACCGUGCGCCGUGCACUUCCGUUUGGUCAGAGUGCGCUGUACACCGACUCCCAAAAGCACCGUGCGACGCCGAGCCCACAGCCACCGUACACGACCGGCAAACCACCUCACGCCGACUGACGACGAACCACCGUCUCCCUGAAGGCUCCCAUUCUUGUACCAACCUUUAAGCCUAAGAUGAAUAACACGACGAAUGUCUUGGAUUCAUCCCACCUGGGAUUGGGAGAUUUUGGGAAAAAUCAGAAAAUCAGGGCAUGAAGUCUAGACAUAGAUGCGCCAUCCAACUCCUCUCUUUGUAGCCACGAGGUCACCUUCUUUUCUUCGUACUUUCCGAAGGGUUUUUGUAUCAAACAGCUUUGGAAACUCGGCCACCGAGGAAGAAAUUUAUUCUACUCUAUUGCGCCGAUACGCCGAAACCUCUGACUCGGACCACGGUAGAGCAAUUCAUGCAAAGUUCAUCAAAGGGUCUCCUCCCUUUUCUCUUUUUCUCAGCAAUCAUUUACUUAAUAUGUAUGCCAAGUGCGGCGAUAUUGUUAAUGGGCUCCAACUGUUCGAGGAAAUGCCCAAAAAAAACGUGGUGUCGUGGUCAGCUGCCAUUGCGGGUCUCGUUCAACAUGGUCGUCCGUGUGAAGCUCUUUCUUUGUUUUGCCGUAUGCACCGCGAUGGAACGACCAAGCCCAACGAGUUCACCCUCGUUAGCGCACUCCACGCAUGUUCGUUGUUGGAGAAUUUGACACGAGCAUAUCAAAUUUAUCCAUUCAUUGUUCGCUUAGGAUUUGAGUCAAAUAUCUUCUUGAUGAAUGCAUUUCUAACAGCUUUGAUAAGGCAUGGUGAAUUAGCGGAGGCUUUGGAAGUUUUUGAGAAUUGUCCUAAUAAGGACAUUGUGUCUUGGAAUGCCAUGAUGGCUGGGUUUUUGCAGUUCUCUUUUUCAGACAUACCGGAAUUUUGGCGUCGAAUGAUUGGUGAGGGAGUGGAGCCCGAUAACUUCAGUUUUGCAAGUGUUCUUACUGGGUUGGCUGCCUUUUCUGACCUUGAGUUGGGAUUGCAGGUUCAUUCUCAACUUGUCAAAUGUGGUUAUGGUGUUGAGAUUUGUGUGGGGAACUCUUUGGCGGAUAUGUAUAUUAAAAAUCAGAAAUUGGUAGAAGGGUUCAAAGCUUUUGAUGAGAUGCCAAUGAGAGAUGUGUGUUCAUGGACCCAGAUGGCUGCUGGAUGCCUGCAGUGUGGGGAACCAAGCAAAGCACUUGAGGUCAUUGCUGAGAUGAAGAAGAUAGGUGUAAAGCCAAACAAGUUUACCCUUGCAACUGCCUUAAAUGCCUGUUCCAAUUUGGCUUCCUUGGAGGAAGGGAAGAAAGUUCAUGCCUUGAGAAUUAAGCUUGGAACUGAUAUUGAUGUCUGCGUAGAUAAUGCUUUACUAGAUAUGUAUGCAAAAUGUGGAUGUGUGGAUAGCGCAUGGGCAGUUUUCUGCUCGAUGAAUGAUCAUUCUAUUGUCUCAUGGACGACAAUGAUCAUGGCAUAUGCAAUAAACGGCCAAGCUAGGAAAGCUCUUAAGAUUUAUGAUGAAAUGAGGCUGAAGGGUGUUCAGCCAAACUACAUAACCUUCAUUUCUGUACUAUAUGCAUGUGGCCAAGGAGGGUUGGUUGAUGAAGGGUGGGAGUUAUUCUCCUCCAUGACCAGUGAUUAUGGGAUCACCCCUCAAGAGGAUCACUAUGCAUGUAUGGUAAAUCUUCUUGGCCGAGCUGGGUGUAUUAAAGAAGCCGAGGAAUUAAUCUUAAGAAUGCCAUUUCAGCCAGGUUUGCUGGUUUGGAAAACUCUGCUAGGUGCUUGUCACGUUUAUGGUGAUAUGGAAAUCGGAAAGCGUGCAGCAGAGCAUGUGUUAAAUCUAGACAGAAAGGACCCUUCAACAUACGUAGUGUUGUCUAACUUGUUUGCUGGUUUUAGCAAUUGGGAUAGUGUUGGGAUGAUGAGAGAACUAAUGGAUACUAGGGAUGUGAAGAAAAUGCCCGGAUCUAGCUGGAUUGAAAUUGAAAAGAACCCUUCACUUCUUCCCAAGUUUGGAGGAUUUAUGUGAAUCAAGGUUGAUUUAGAAGCCAAGUUCCUUUUCUUUAAAUUUUAUUAGGGUGCAGUUGCUCCAUUUUUGAGCAAAAAUCAUGAACCAUGUUUGCAGGAUCAUAUGUUUUCUUCUUUGUCACCUUUCCGCUUUCAAUAUGUACUUACUAAUAUUUUACUUUUGAUUAGUAGUUACAGAAGCACCAAAAUGUUCUUGAACCUACAAUCUUCUUAUAGCAUUAGGAGGUCCUAUAUGAGUUCGAGAUUGUUAUCAAUUUUUAUUUUUUAAUUUUUUAAAUUUUUUUUUAAAAUCCUCCAAAAAUUAUUUAUGGCUUAGUAGGUUUUAUUUUCUUUUCUUGUGAGGAUCUAGGUUUAGCAAUUGAACAUGGAAAUAUAGGGUAAGAAAGGCAAAGUUAGAACAAAUUGCUUGAAGAUAACUGCAUUAUUUAGUACCUGGUUGAUAAGUCAUUAGAAAACACAUUAUGUAAGGAAAGAAAAAUUAAAAGUAAAUGAGUUGAUGGGGAAAGAAACGUUAAAAGAAGAUUGAAUUAAAAGUUGUGAAAUUGAAAAAAAUUGAAAGAUAGAUAUAUUAAAUUGACACUCUUUAAAGUUUAAGGGUAUGAUUGGAAAAGUGAUGAAAACUCAACGAUGAUCAAGUGAAGUUUUCUCAAAUUAAAAUUAAAUGGGUUGACGGGGAAAGACUUAUUAAAAGAAGAUUGGAUUAAAAGUGGUGCAUGCAUAGAUCAGGUGAAUACAUUGGGGAGUUCUUUGGGAUUCUUCUUAUACUCCCCCCUUUAUCCCCCUCGCCCCCUUCUUGCUUUAAUUCCUGAGAAUUUUUUGGCCAAAUGCUCUUAGAAUUUUUCUCAUAAUUGGUGGUAACUCUGAUAUCUUUGUAUUUGGUUUGCGAUGUCAUUCUUCU